AUGCCACUCCCUGCGGCUGAGCCCACUACCCUGGCUGGCAAGACCUGUCUCGUCACUGGAGGUGCUGGUGGACUGGGCAAGGCCAUCGUCACGGCGUUCCUCAAAGCCGGCGCCAAUGUUAUCAUGUGCGACAUUAACCAGGAACGACUGAAGGAGACCUCGACUGAGUUGGCGGGUGCGGGUUCCCUCACGGCGGUCCGAGCAGACAUCACCAACCCGGCCGAAGUAGAAGACUUGUUCACCGAAAUCGCGGGCAAAUUUCCCACCCUGGACGUUCUGGUCAACAAUGCCGCCAUCAUGGACCGCUUUGAUCCGGUCGCCGAGCUCGACCUCGAGCUCUGGGAUAAGGUUCUGUCGGUGAAUCUAACGGCGCCGUUCAUGAUGACCAAGCUGGCAUUGCGCGCCAUGCUGCAACAGCCGAACUCCAAUGGGUGCAUCAUUAAUAUUGCCUCUGGAUCAGCAAAGGCUGGGUGGCUUGCGGGUACCGCGUACACGGCAAGCAAGCACGGUUUGAUCGGAUUGACGAAGAGCACCUCUUCAUUCUACGGUGCCAAGGGCAGGCUGCAAUGCUGA